CGUGUGACAUAUGACUCUCUGUCUCUGUCUCUCUCUGUCUCUGUCUCUCUCCGAUCAUGGCUGCAAUGUCUUCGGAACCCGUCUCCCUGCCGAAGCACCCGCCCUUACCGAUCGAACUCCGGUUUGACCUUGACGAGGUCCUGACCGAUCUAGCCUCCUGCUCCAGCCUCCGGCUCAACCUGGACCUGUCGCAGGCAUCGAUCUUGGCCAUGCCGACGGUGACCUCCACGACCGGGGGUUGCCCGAUCUGCAUGGAGGCCUUCCGCGGCAACGACAAGCGAGCCUCCUGCGGCCAUGUCUACCACGAGCCCUGCAUCGCGACAUGGCUCUCGCUCAGUAGCUCCUGCCCUCUGUGCCGCUGCGAAAUCGUCUCCGCCGCCUCCCGACCCUAAACCGAGAGGCCGACGGAACUUUCUAACUCCCCUUUCGUGUACCACUCUUUGCUUUUUUCUUUUUCUUUUUUCCCUUUUUUGGGAAGACAUAUUUCCCAAUUUAUGUACUUAUGUUGAGAUCAGUGGAUCGUCUUUUGUUGAGUUUUGCGUGCUUGACCAAUUUGCUAAAUUAUGGAAUGAACGCAGUACGUGUCAGUUCUAAUGUUUCUUCUUUUCUUUUGAGAGCAUAAUCAUGUGUAUAAUUCUAGCAUUUUAUCUAGAUAUCUUC